UUCACCAUUUUGAUGACUUACAAUCCCUGGUUGAAAGGACAGGAGGAUGGUCUAAUGAAUCCAUGAUUCAAUAUUUUGAGGAUUAUGCCAGAGUUGUAUUCAGAGAACUGGGAUCUAAAGUGAAGUUCUGGUCUACAUUCAAUGAACCUGACAUAUUCUGUCGAAUGAUCGCAUACCUGAACGAAAGUGCCCCUGAUACAGCAUACAGGAAUCGUUAUCUCUGUGGUCACAACAUAUUGAAAGCACAUGCACGAGCUUAUCACAUUUACGAUGAAGAAUUUCGGCCACAUCAACAAGGCAAAAUUGGAUUGGUCACCAACAGUGGCUACUUCUUUCCGAAAUUGGAAAACGAUACGGAGAGUGUUGAAAUUUAUUUUGCCUUUCAAGGAAGAUGGUUUUUGGAUCCUAUAUUUUCAAAAAGUGGGGACUAUCCCCAAGUCAUGAAGACACGAAUCGCAGAGAAUAGUAAAGUAGAAGGUCUGACUCACUCAAGGUUGCCCGAAUUUUCCCCUGAGUGGAUUAAUUAUAUAAAAGGAACGGCUGACUAUUUAGGUAUCAAUCAUUACGCUCCGUUCAUGGUUGAACCAGCGAAUAAGACUGACAGUGGAAGAUGGUACGAUGAUUCGGGCAUAAUUCACUCGAAUAAUUCUGAGUGGAAAGUUACGUCUAUAGGAUUCAGGAUUUUUCCGAAAGCUAUCGGAGGACUGUUGCGGAAGCUAACGGAAAUUUACGAUAAACCACCAAUCUACAUCAUGGAAAAUGGAAUGAGUUCUCAGUCUGGUGUUAUGGACGGUGAUAGAAUUGAGUACUUGUAUUCAUACAUGAAAGAAGUACUUUUCGCCAUUCGUGAUGGGUGCGAUGUCAGAGCGUAUACUGUUUGGAGUUUACUGGAUAAUUUUGAAUGGUUCUUCGGAUAUUCACAACGUUUUGGACUUAUUUCUGUGGAUUUUGAUGAUCCCAAUCGCAAAAGAACUCUGAAACUCUCCAGUUAUUGGUUGAAAACGGUUAUUGAGGAGGGGCACUUGGUACCAGCCAAUGAAACUAUAAUAAAUCUGCUGAAAUAGUGAUUUUUAACCUGGAAGACUUGACACUCUUGAUAAUUUGCAACACAUCUAUCUUUGGACAUAAUUACUGAAUAUUUUUCGCUAAAUGGAUAUCCUACAUUUGUUCCCUUGCAAUUCGUCAGAAGCGGAUGUCUAUGUUUGUGCAAAAAUCGAUGAAGUCAGACAAGAUAUUCGUGUAUCAAACAUUCGGACGAGGCAGAUCCAUCCACCAA